AUGCUCACCAAAGUCGGUCGAGAGGUCUUACGCAAGACCCCCCACGAUGUCGUGGUUCUGUCUGCCGUGAGAAGUCCGAUCACUCGCGCCUUCAAGGGCGGAUUCAAAGAUCUAUGGCCGGAGGAAAUUCUGAUGCCGGUCAUGCAAGCAGCCGUGCAAAGAGCCAAAAUCCAACCCGGCGAUGUAAACGACGUCCUCAUUGGAAACGUACUCGCAGAACUCGGCUUCGCAAAAACAGGUCGCAUGGCUCUGAAUGCUGCCGGAUUUCCGAACUCGACUACUUUUCAUACCACUAAUCGACAAUGCUCUAGUGGCUUGCAGGCUAUUACGCACAUUUCUCAUGCCAUCAUGGUUGGACAGAUUGAUGUUGGUAUGGGUGGUGGUGUGGAGAGUAUGACGCGGUGGUAUACGACUCGUGGUAUCCCCGUUGAUGUUUCGCCUACAUUGAAGAAUUCUCCUAUCAAGGAUGCUAGGGAUUGCAUUAUGCCUAUGGGAUUCACGUCCGAGAAUGUUGCUGAGCGUUAUGGUGUUUCUCGCCAGGAGCAAGAUGAGUAUGCUGCGGAAAGUCAGCGACGGGCUAGCGUAGCCCAGAAGAGUGGGCUGUUUGAGAAGGAGAUUAUUCCGAUCAAUGCUCGGUGGAUCGAUGAAGAGACUAAAGAGGAGGGGGAGAGACUUAUUUCUCUUGAUGAGGGUAUUCGUCAUGGAGUGAAUUAUGAAAAGCUUGCUAAGCUCAAGCCUGCAUUUAAAGAGAAUGGUGGAAGUACGGCUGGUAACUCUUCGCAGAUUUCAGAUGGCGCAUCAUCUGUCAUCCUUGCACGACGCUCAUGGGCUGAGGAGCGCGGCUUGAAGCCCAUCGGACGAUUCGUCGGUACCCAAAUAGCCGGCAACGCACCCGAUGAGAUGGGCAUCUCACCCGUCUACGCCAUUCCUCAACUCCUCAAAUUCACAGGCAUCGAGCAAAAGGAUAUCGACGUUUUCGAGAUCAACGAGGCAUUUGCUAGUCAAACCAUAUAUAUUUUGAGGAAACUCGGCUUAGACCCUGCAAAGGUUAACCCCCUAGGUGGUGCUAUUGCUCUGGGACAUCCUGUUGGCGCGACAGGUGGUCGGCAAACUGCUACACUGUUUGCUCAGUUGGAGAGACAGGAUAAGGAGUUGGGAAUUGUGUCUAUGUGUGCAAGUACUGGUAUCGGUGUGGCAUCGCUUUUCAUCCGAGAGUAA